AUGUCCGACCAGCACGAGAACGGCUCCCCGGCCGCGGAGCGCCCGGAGGCCCCCGCGCAGACGGAGCACCUGAACAUUAAGGUGACGGACAACAACAACGAGGUCUUUUUCAAGAUAAAGAAGUCGACUAAGCUUGAGAAGCUCAUGGGCGCCUUCUGCGAGCGCCAAGGCAAGACCGUCAACUCUGUUCGCUUUCUCUUUGAGGGCCAACGCGUCCAGCCAAAUGAUACCCCCGACACGCUUGAAAUGCAAGACGGAGAUACCCUGGAAGUUCACCAGGAGCAAGUGGGCGGCAGUGGACUUUUCUAG